AUGGAUGUGAUUGCAGAUAUCUCCAUAGUUUUGGGAAAAUUUCUAUAUUACUUUUUGGAAUCUUUGGUUUACAAGAUAAUUCCCAAGACGAAAAAGAAUGUUGCUGGAGAGAUUGUACUUAUAACGGGAGCUGGAAGUGGACUUGGGAGGCAAUUGGCCAUACAUUUUGCCAGACUUGGAGCCAUUUUAGUUCUAUGGGAUAUUAAUCAAGAAGGCAAUACGGAAACGUGUAGACUGGCCAAAGAAAACGGUGGUGAGAAAGUGUUUCCCUAUACGUGUGACUGUAGCAACAGACAAGAGGUCUACAGAGUUGCUGAUCAGGUCAGGAAAGAAGUUGGUGACGUGACCAUCCUCAUUAACAACGCUGGUAUAGUCACAGGAAAGUUCUUCCUCGAUAUUCCAGAUCACAUGGUGGAAAAAUCCUUUCUUGUAAACGCCAUCUCUCAUUUCUGGACUUGUAAGGCCUUCCUUCCUGCCAUGAUUAAAGCUAACCAUGGUCACCUGGUUUGUAUUUCAAGUAUAGCAGGAGUAUUUGGUAUUAAUGGACUAUCAGGUGAGUACUUUGUUUCACCAUAUUAUUCUGCAAGUAAAUUUGCAGCCUUUGGCUUUGCUGAAUCUCUCUUUUUUGAAUUAACUAUGGCAAAGAAAACUGAAGUUAAAACCACCAUCGUGUGCCCACAUUUCAUCAACACUGGAAUGUUUGAGGGCUGUACGAGCAAGUAUCCGUUUCUGUUACCAAUACUGGAGCAGGAGUAUGUGGCCAAAAAAAUUGUAAAUGCCAUUUUAGAGGAACAAGUUUAUUUAAUAAUGCCCAAAUUUGUAUAUAUCACAUUGAUUCUUAAACAAAUAAUAUCUCCAAAAAUGUUGAUAGCCCUUGGUGAGUACCUUGGAGUGGACACUUGCAUGGUUUCUUUCAAAGGGAGAAAGAAAGCAAAUGAACUUCAGACUGAAACUGAAGGGAAACGCCAAUAGUUCAAGCCUCAAAUAUGGGAAUCAAAGUGUUACAAGGAUGAAUUAUUCGUAAUUCCUCCUAAUGCUUAAAGGAUUGCAGUCUACCAAGGAUUACUAAAGCUUUCAA